UUAAUGUCUUUCACUUUCAAUGGGAGUGACUGUAUUAAUAAAUCUCGGGUUUGCCUCCUCGACUGAUUUUUCAAAUGAUUGCUGCAGGACUUUCGACCUAUUCAAGUUCUACCCACUCCUCCUCGCCCCCCACACCCUCGGGAACUCCGGUCCAAACUGAGCUCAGCCCCUUCCUCCUUUCUGGAGGUUCGGGUUAAUCUGGAAACCAAGAGGACGUUAUUCAGGAGCUGCGCGCCGUCAGGUGAACGAAGGCUCCGUCGGACUCUGAGGGGGGAGCCAACCAGGUUCGGCGACUGCGUUUGGACCUUUUUCCUGCCAUUACCGCUGUGAGAGAGCGAACUGGGAGUCAUGACGACAUUCUCGGCUUUGUGGGUGCUCCUACUGUGCCAGCUUUUGACAUCUUCCCAUGGCCAGAGGCCUGGUCCACGAGGAGCAGUAGGGGCAGCAGGGCCGCCAGGGCCCCCUGGACGGGACGGAAUUGAUGGCAAGCCCGGACCUCCUGGAAUGGCAGGAAAAGCAGGCCCCAAAGGAAAAGCAGGAAUACCAGGAGUCGCAGGAAAACCAGGCUUGCCAGGACUUCCGGGGGUGGAUGGUCUGACAGGUCCUGAUGGUCCCCCUGGGAAAGACGGACCUGGAGGGGAACAAGGAGAAACCGGACCUCCUGGGCCAGCUGGACCUGCUGGCAGAGGGAGAGCGGGAGCGCCAGGGCUGCCUGGGACGAAUGGGUUGCCAGGUGGAGUCGGACCUCAGGGUGCUGUGGGUGCUGAAGGUCUUCCGGGACUUCCAGGACCUGCUGGUCCUGAUGGGCCACCUGGUCUUCCUGGUACUCUUCAUGAUCUUAGUGGGGACCUUCUAUGUCCUGCCAUCUGUCCGUCUGGACCUCCCGGUCCUCCUGGGAUGCCAGGAUUUAAGGGUCACACGGGCCAUAAAGGAGACAAGGGAGAAGUCGGGAAAAAUGGAGAGAAGGGUGACGCCGGUCCUCCUGGUCCUCCAGGUUUUCCGGGGACAGUUGGCCUGCAGGGUCCACGUGGUCUAAGAGGUUUGCCGGGUCCAAUGGGAUCUGUGGGAGACAGAGGUCUUCCAGGAUUUAGAGGCAAACCUGGCAUUGCCGGUAUUAUUGGAAAGACAGGUGAUACUGGAGACAGGGGUCCGCAGGGAUUCAAAGGACCCAAGGGAGAAAUUGGUAAGAUUGGUCCAAAAGGAGCUGUCGGUGGUGCCGGACCCAAAGGGGAACCUGGAAUUCCUGGCAGAGACGGCAAAGACGGCACACCAGGAAUGGAUGGCGAGAAGGGUGAUGCUGGGCGCCAUGGGGUUGCUGGGGAAAAAGGACCAAAUGGACUUCCUGGUCUACAAGGGAAAGCUGGCAGCAAAGGAUCAAAAGGAGAAGUUGGUGAUGCAGGAAAGGCCGGGGAGACGGGGCCCUCUGGAGAGCCAGGUAUUCCUGGUGACAUUGGCGUACCAGGAGAGAGAGGUAUAGCGGGACCCAGAGGAGUGGCUGGAGGAAUUGGACCUGCAGGCAACCAAGGACCUCAGGGAGUGAAAGGUUUCCAAGGCGUCCAAGGUACAUUGGGGGAUCCAGGUCUUCCAGGGCCGACAGGAAUUCGGGGAGAGUUUGGUGAAAGAGGGCCGGUUGGUGCUUCGGGAGCUAAAGGAGACAUGGGUGUAGCGGGAAGCGAUGGUUUACCUGGAGAGAACGGAGAACCGGGCCAUUUUGGAGCAGUUGGACAAAAAGGAGAGGCAGGGAAACGAGGAGAGCUUGGACCUAAAGGUGUCACAGGGCCGCAGGGAGAACUUGGAGCGAGAGGGCCUCCAGGAAAACCAGGUUUAAUGGGCCUUCAGGGAGAACAGGGUCUUCCUGGAAUAGCUGGAAAGACAGGUGUACCUGGUAAACUCGCAAGCGAACAGCACAUCAGGGAGUUAUGUGGCUCUAUGAUCGAUGAUCAAAUCGCACAACUGGCCGCCAAUCUUCGCCGACCCCUGGCACCUGGGAUGGUCGGCCGACCCGGACCAGCCGGGCCUCCAGGACAGUCGGGGUCGGCCGGCUCUAUCGGUCACCCCGGUGCCCGUGGACCUCCAGGAUACAGAGGCCUUCCAGGAGAACUUGGAGAUCCUGGUACUAGAGGUGACGUUGGUGAACAGGGUGAUAAGGGACCCAUCGGCAAAGCAAUUGAGGGCCCUGUCGGAGACCAAGGAUACCAAGGUGUUCCGGGAGUUCCAGGGAUUGUUAAAGAUGGGCGUGAUGGAUCUCCAGGAGAUCCAGGUGAGCCUGGGGAGCACGGCAGGGUAGGUAGGACUGGACACCAAGGACCUCCUGGCAUCUGUGACACAUCAGCCUGUCAGGGAGCAUCUGUUGCAGGGAAGUCAUCCAACCCUAAAAACUAUUAAGCCUGAUUUCCAGCCACCCGCUGCCAUCUGAAGCAACAGCCAAAAAAGGGUAGGGGAAAGGAUGGAAAUAAAGACCAGGGUGGUCACAAAAAUCUCUUUAUUUGAAUCACAGUUUGGAAGGAAAACAAAAAACAGGCGUGACAUUUUGAAAGGAACUGACGAACAUCUGUGACAUCAAUAACAGCAGCUCCCCACCACCUCUUGAAAUCACGCCGUCUUCCAAUAAGGUGGAUGCCUGGACAAAGUGCUAGAGAACAUCAGCUUUCCCUCCCAUUAUUAAAAAUAAGACUUUUGUAUUUUGAACAAGUGAAAAAAGUGGAAUGCGUGCCUUGUGUAUAAAAACCUUGUACAUGUUGUCCUUGCCCUCAUUUCUAUGGUCUACUCUGACAACAAUAGUGAGUAUAGAGUAGAUGAAUUCUGGCCCAUUUAUGUACAAUCCAGGUUUUGACUCGGCGCAUGUUUUUUUUUUGUGUGUAAAUUAUGCGAUCAGGAGCCGCAAACAGGUGCAGAAUAAUCCAGUCCAAUUUUUUCCCCCUCGGCUGUUACAACAUAACAUGUUAUAACAUUUAAAGUUGAACCUCGAAUCAAAUGCCAAAUAAAACUUGUGGAUGAAGACACAUUCACACAUUGUAAAAUAAAUUCAGUAGGUGCAGGUGUUUUUUCUUUUUUAUGAGAUUGGAUUCUGCAAUGACCACAUUCAUUAUGUAUUAGAGGUGCUGUAACUAUUACAUAAACAAUUAAACACUAUUUAUUAUGUGUGGGUGACUGUUGUAUGUACACUUGAUAGAUGACACAGAGAUCUGUUGUAAUAAAGAACGAAUAAAGCCACUUUUCAGUAAAACUUAACUGUUCUCUACAUAUGGAGUGGAAGAUAUGCAUUACAGAGUCAUCAAAACCAUUAAAAACAUGGAAACAGUCCAAAUUCCCGAAAGUGGGCAACCGAACAGUAGUGAAAAUCCUGAUCAACUCAGGAUCAGAGGUGGGUAG